ACACGACUAAACAGAGAUCAGAGAUCCCUUUCAUAUAUAUAUUUAUAUCCUUCCCUUCAAUGGUGCCUCUUUCUCUAUCCUUCACUCUGCUUCAGAUGCUCCUUUAAGUCUCUCAACAUUUUCAUCUUUCUUCACCCAACUCACAACUACACCUGUGUUUCUUGAUACAUAUAAGGAAAGAUGAGAGGAGGUGGUUUGUGGCAACUAGGACAGUCAAUUACUCGUCGAGUUUCCCAAGCGGAGAAGAGGGUUGUAGCUCAUCGUUGUUUUGCCUCAGAAUCUGAACUUAAGAAGACGGUUUUGUAUGAUUUCCAUGUUGAAAAUGGUGGAAAGAUGGUUCCUUUUGCUGGAUGGAGCAUGCCCAUUCAGUACAAGGAUUCCAUUAUGGAUUCAACUGUGAAUUGUAGGGAAAACGGUAGUCUGUUUGAUGUUUCCCAUAUGUGUGGUCUAAGCCUAAAGGGAAAGGACACCAUCUCGUUUCUGGAAAAGCUUGUUGUGGCUGAUGUAGCAGGACUUGCUCCCGGGACUGGCACUUUGUCUGUUCUAACUAAUGAGAAAGGAGGAGCAAUUGAUGAUACUGUAAUCACAAAGGUAAAAGACGACCAUAUAUAUCUGGUCGUGAAUGCAGGUUGUAGAGAUAAGGAUCUUUCGCACAUUGAGGAGCAUAUGAAGGCGUUUAAGUCCAAAGGUGGAGAUGUUUCUUGGCACAUUCAUGACGAAAGGUCCCUUCUUGCUCUUCAGGGCCCUCUCGCUGCUCCGGUUCUGCAGCACCUGACUAAAGAAGACUUGAGCAAGCUUUACUUCGGGCACUUUAAGAUUGUUGAUAUCAAUGGUGCCCAAUGCUUCUUAACUAGAACUGGGUACACGGGAGAGGAUGGGUUUGAGAUCUCGGUUCCUCAUGAGAAUGCGCUAGACCUCACCAAAGCCAUACUAGAGAAGUCAGAAUCAAAGGUGAGAUUGACCGGUCUAGGUGCCAGAGACAGUCUGAGGCUCGAGGCUGGACUCUGCCUAUACGGGAAUGACAUGGAACAACACACCACACCAGUGGAGGCAGGACUCACAUGGGCAAUCGGAAAGAGGAGAAGGGCAGAAGGCGGUUUUCUUGGUGCUGAUGUCAUCCUGAAGCAAAUCGAGGAUGGUCCCCUCGUGAGGCGUGUGGGAUUCAUUUCAUCAGGCCCGCCCGCAAGAAGCCACAGCGAGAUCCAGAACGCGAAGGGGGAGAAUAUUGGAGAGAUCACAAGUGGAGGAUUCAGCCCGUGUUUGAAGAAGAACAUAGCAAUGGGUUAUGUGAAGAGUGGAAACCACAAAGUGGGGACUAAUGUGAAGAUCUUGAUUCGUGGGAAGACGUAUGAAGGAACCGUCACUAAAAUGCCUUUUGUUCCGGCCAAGUAUUACAAGUCAUCUUAGAUUUUGCUAAUUGGAUUUGUUUUGUGGCUGUGUCUUUGUUAUGAUAAAAGCUUCAACACUUCAAUGUUAUAAGCUUCUUCUUCUUCUUCUUCUACCCAAUAUUAUCAUGAUACUGUUGUUCUUCUUUUCCCCCUUUAAGGAGUCCAAUUUGCUUUUAUGCUAAUAUAUACACUAUCUUUCAUGA